CUGCUAUCACCAGCGCGCUGUUUGGAAAUGAGGCGGCCAAUGAAAAAGCAGUCAUUUAAGCUGAAAAUGCAAAACAAUUCUGUACAGCUCUGCAUGAGGGAAGAAAGCCACUAUUUUAUGAAAUCGCAUCACAAAAGCAAUGGUAUCUGAUUACACUCGCUUGGAAAUUUUGUUCCGCGCAUGAAUAUUAGCGAUAUUGUCUUUAUUUGCGCGUAAAUGUAAGUUAGACUGUAUGACUUAAGAUAUUUCGAAACCUGGACUGGUUUGACCUAAUAUUUCAUAGAGCCUUUUUUAAGAAAGCCGUCGAAAGAAGAAAGAUGAGUUCAUAUUUCGUCAAUUCUAUCUUUAGCAAAUUCAAAGGAAGCGACUCCCUGCGUCCAAACUACUACGAGUGUUCUGGGUACACACAGGAGCUUGCAGGCAGACCGUCUGUGUUGUACGGACACAGUACUGGAGCUACAUUUCAACACACAGCCCAGCUUCCAGAGUUUUAUCACCACGGAACCUCUACAUUCUCCCAUGCACCAUACCAGCACAGCCAGUAUCACGGAGAGCCAACCGCAAACCUUUUUGCACAGGACGCUCUACAGAGACAGACUUUUUUCGGUACACAAGAUACGGAUUUAGCCCAAUUUGGAGACUACUGUGUAAAGGCAAGCUACAUCAGUGAUGAUUUGGAGAGCGCAGAAACGUGCCCAACGCAGCUUUUUCCCUGGAUGCGACCACAAGGUACCGGCCGAAGGAGAGGCAGACAGACGUACAGCCGUUACCAGACGCUCGAGCUGGAGAAGGAGUUCCUGUUUAAUCCCUACCUGAACCGCAAGCGGCGCGUGGAGGUGUCGCGAGCGCUUUGCCUGACCGAACGCCAGGUCAAGAUCUGGUUUCAGAACCGUCGCAUGAAGUGGAAAAAAGAAAACAACAAGGAUAAGUUCCCUAGCAACAGGGCUGAGCAGGAGCAGAUUGAGAAGCAGAAACGCGAAUGCGUCGAUGAUUCAGGAAAACGUACGCCAAGAGAGGGAGACUCAGAGGACGCGUAACUCCGUGAAUUAUAGCUCGAGUUAAGACUUCUUGUGAUUAGCCAUAUAACAUUUCUGUAGUCAGCUAAAAAGAUAAAACAAUGUAAUUUAAGCACUUGUUCUUGUCCUAAGCUUGUCAAGCAAAACAGGAUAUUUCCUUUUCCAUUGGCACUUGGCGUAUAAUAAUGAUAAUAAUAAUCAUGUAAAUAUACAUUACAUAAAUUCCUAUUUCUUUCAUAGAAGCUGAUUGCAUUCUUACCUCUAAAG